AUGGCCUGGCAGGGAGAGAGGAGUAAGGAUGGUAGAGCCUGGGGCGUUGGCCUCCUGAAUGUGGGCCCAGAGGUGUGGGGGAGUUUCUCCUGCAGUAGAAAGGACCUUCGGGGGGCAGGGGCUGGGUGGGCCUCCAACGGGGCCACAUUUGGGGAAGAGGGACUGCCCAGGGAGGCGGUGGGCUCCCUGUCCUCGGAGCCCGUCAGCAAUGGCCCCCUCCCUGCUUACCAGGCCCAUCCGCAUUGCAGCCUGAAUGCUAGCUUCACUGUGGAGGAUGACCAUGAUGGGACAUCAAAGCACAAAACCCAGACCAAGGAGGCUCAGGAAGCAGAAGCCUUUUCCCUGUACCACACCUUGGACCUGCAAAAGCACGACCGCUGUGAGGAAUCAGAGAGAGCUUACCAGGAGCUGUUGGAGAUCCGCCUGCUUCGUGAGGUGCUGUUUUGUACUGGUGAUGAGAGAGAGGGGCUGAAGCAUCCCGGGUUGAUGCAGAAAUAUUCUACCUAUUAAAACCUGGCCCAGUUGGCGGAUCGGGAUGACCUAGAAACGGCCAUGGAGUUCUACUUGGAGGCCGUGAUGCUGGACUCGACGGACGUCAACCUUUGGUACAAGAUCGGCCGAGUGGCCUUGAAGCUGGUGCGCAUCCCGCUGGCUCGGCAUGCCUUCGAGGAGGGGCUCCGCUGCAAUCCUGACCACUGGCCCUGCUUGGACAACCUCAUCACCGUGCUCUACACGCUCAGUGACCACACCACGGGCCUGUACUUCAUCUGCAAAGCGCUGGAAAAGGAUUGCAGAUACAGCAAGGGACUUGUGCUGAAGGAGAAGAUCUUCCAGGAACAGCCCUGCCUCCGCAACGACGCCCUGCGCAUGUUCCUCAAAUGUGAUAUGUCCAUCCAUGACGUGACAGUGAGCGCUGCAGAGACAAAAGCCAUUAUAGAGGAGGCGCUGGAUCUGCGCAAGAAGAGGCAGGCGCUGCUGGUGCGCGAGCCGGAGGUGGAGCUCCACCUGACUCAGCCCAUCCCCUUCUUCACAUGGAAAUGCCUCGGGGAGAGCUUGCUGGCCACCUAUGCCCACUUCACAUCCUGUGAUCCCCCGCAGCCCAGCUUGGGCAGAAGAGUUGAGCUCUCUGAGUACCGAGACCCUGCUGCACUCUCUGCCCCCGCCCCUCCUGCUGCUGCCAUCAGCAUCUCCCUGCCCCCGACUUCCAUGGCCUCGGUGCCGGAGCCGCUCUUCUCCUAUGCCACCAUGGCACCUACUUUUUCUCUCCCUAACCAGAGUUUAUUGGAGGCUGUAACCCCUCUAGGUGAGAUGGAGGGUGGGGAUGCCUCCGGGGGGGACAAAUCCAAGAAAGGCGUCAAGCGGAAGAGGCCGGUGGCCGAGGAUGGGGAGUCGGCCAAGAGGCGGUCUGCACGUGUCCGCAAUACCAAGUGUAAGAAAGAGGAGAAGGUCGAUUUCCAGGAGCUGCUGUUGAAAUUCCUGCCACCCAGGUUAAGAAAACUGGACCCUGAGGAAGAGGAGGACGAUCCCUUCAGUAACUUGGUCCAGUCAGAAAUUAAGCAGGAGAACUUCCCCAGCGUGGGCACGCACAGACUGUCCUUUGACUCUACCACGUUCGUGGAAUCAGAGCAGCAGGACGUGCACAAAUUUCUUCUGGACACCAUGAAGAAUGGCGGCCUCCUGGAGCUGAUGAUGAGGUACCUGAAGGUGAUGAGCCUGCAGUUCCUGGUGAAGUGCCCCAGCUUGGGCCAGGUGGUCCUCAGCAUCUAUAGCAGUUGGCGAAAGCACAGCAGCGGCCUGCCGAACCCUCUGCUCCGGGACUGCAGCAACCAGCACAUCAAGGACAUGAUGCUCAUGGGCCUGUCGUGCAUGGAGCUCCAGGUGGACCAGUGGCUGUUGGCCAAAGGCAAGAGCUGUGCAGUGUCUCCCCGCCAUUGUCCAGCCGGCAUGGGGAAUGGCCGUUUUGGCCCUGACUUCCCGGGCACUCACUUCCUGGGGGACCUUCUGCAGCUGUCACUGGCCUCUUCUCAGCGUGACCUCUUUGAGGAAGGCUGGUUGGAGUUCGUCGUUAGAGUGUACUGGCUGAAGGCGCGCUUCCUGGCUCUGCAGGGAGACAUGGACCAGGCUCUGGAGAAUUACGACAUCUGCACGGAGCUCCUGCAGAGCAGUACCGCCGUCCAGGCUGGCAGCGGGCACGAGGCGAGGAGCCUCCUCAUCCGGCUGCCCAACCUUCACCUGGAUUCUGUGGUUUCCCUCGAAGAGAUCGAGAAGAACUUGAAGUCCCUGGAACGCUGCCAGUCCUUGGAGGAGCUCCAGCGGCUGUACGAGGCGGGUGACUACCAGGCCGUGGCCCACCUGCUGCGGCCCACCUUGUGCCUCAGCGGCUACGACCGUGCCAAGCACCUGGAGUUUGUCACCUCCAUCCCGGAGCGCCCCGCCCAGCUGCUCCUGCUGCAGGAUGCCCUUCUCAAACUCAAGGAUUACACGCGCUGCUUUGAAUGCUCUGAAGUCGCCCUGCAUGAAGCCAUCCAGCAAAUGGUGAACCUGACAGACACAUCUGCCAAGGAAGAGUGGGUGGCCACGGUCACUCAGCUCCUGCUGGGCAUCGAGCAGGCCCUCUCUGCAGACAGCAGCAUCCUGGACGAGACCCUGCGGACCCCCAGCCUCAUCCGGCUCACCAACAACCUCAUCCAGGUCAUCGACUGCAGCAUGUCUGUCCAGGAAGAGGCCAAGGAGCCAUACGUGGCCUCCGUCCUGCCGUGGGUCAUUCUGCAUCGAGUCAUCCAGCACGAGGAGGAGGCCUUCCGGUCCCACUGUCAGCAGCAGCAACAGCAGCAGCAGCCGCUGCUGCUGCAGAGCCCUGAGGACAGUGAAGGAAGACCAGAUGCCUCCCUGCUCCCGGCUUCUCUCAUGUUGCUCAACACGGCCCAUGAGUACUUGGGAAGGAGGUCUUGGUGCUGUAACUCCAAUGGGGCCCUGCUGCGCUUCUAUGUGCGAGUCCUGCAGAAGGAGCUGGCGGCCUCUGCCUCCGAGGACACGCACCCCUACAAGGAAGAGCUGGAGACGGCCCUGGAGCAGUGCUUCUACUGCCUGUACAGCUUCCCCAGCAAGAAGAGCAAGGCCCGCUAUCUGGAGGAGCACUCAGUGCAGCAGGUGGAGCUUGUGUGGGAGGACGCCCUCUUCAUGUUUGACUACUUCAAGCCCAAGACCCUCCCCGAGUUCGACAGCUACAAGACCAGCACGGUGUCUGCGGACCUGGCCAACCUCCUGAAGAAGGUGGCCACCAUCGUCCCACGGACGGAGAAGCCCGCGCUCAGCCUGGACGACGUCUCGGGCUACAUUGAGGGGACCCUGAGCAAGGUGCCCACGCUUCCAGAGGGUGCUGCCCGCUCCCCACCGGCGGUGAAUGAACUCUACUACCUCCUGGCCGAUUACCACUUCAAGAACAAGGAGCAGUCCAAGGCUGUCAAGUUCUACAUGCAUGAUAUCUGCAUCUGUCCCACCAGGUUUGACUCGUGGGCUGGCAUGGCUCUGGCCCGGGCCAGUCGUAUCCAGGACAAGCUGAAUUCAAACGAGCUCAAGAGCGAUGGGCCCAUCUGGCGGCACUCGGCGCCCGUGCUAAACUGCUUCCGGCGCGCUCUAGAGAUUGAUGCUUCCAACCUGUCGCUGUGGAUUGAGUACGGCACCAUGUCUUAUGCGCUGCACUCGUUUGCUUCUCGCCAGCUCAAGCAGUGGAGGGCAGAGCUGCCCACUGAAGUUGUCCAGCAGAUGGAGGAGCGGCGUGACAGCAUGUUGGAGACGGCCAAGCUGUGCUUCACGUCGGCCGCUCGCUGUGAGGGAGACGGCGAUGAGGAGGAGUGGCUCCUGCACUACAUGCUGGGCAAGGUGGCUGAGAAGCAGAAACAGCCCCCCGCCGUGUACCUGCAGCAUUACCAGCGGGCCGCUCACUAUCUGCACGAAGAGGCCGCCCGCUAUCCCAAGAAGAUCCACUACCACAACCCCCCGGAGCUAGCCAUGGAGGCGCUGGAGGUCUACUUCCGCCUGCAUGCGUCCAUCCUCAAGCUCGUGGGCAAGCCCGGGGCCGGGGUCGAUGCUGAAAGUCUGGUGGCCUUUAUGAAGGAGGCUGCCGAGGGGCCUUUCGCCAGGGGUGAGGAGAAGAACACCCCCAAGGCUUCUGAGAAGGAGAAGGCCUGCAUGGCGGAUGAAGACUCUCGCUCCUCUGCGGGGACCCUUCCGGGCCCUGGUGCCUCCCUCCCCAUCUCCUCCGGCCCAGGUCUGACGUCCCCACCUUACACGGCUACUCCUAUCGACCACGACUACAUCAAAUGUAAAACUCCCCGCCAGCAGGCGACGCCGGACGAGAGGAGCCAGGACAGCAUGGCGGUGGCCCUCUCUGACUCCAGCUCGACGCAGGAUGUCUUCAGUGAGCCCCCCAGCUUCCAGGAGAACUCCCGAAAGCCUUCCCUGGAGAAGCGGCCCCCGGGCUCCUGUCCCUCAGCUGUGCUGCCGGGGCCGGCACUGGAAAGGGGUGGGAGAGGCGAGGAGUUUUCGGAAGGUGUAGAAUCUUUGCGGGCUCCAGGGGAGCUCCUGAGAGCUGGGGCUGACGGUUCAGCCAAGCCCGCAGCCCCUACGUCAGCCCCGUGGGACAGCAAGAAGAGAGGCGAGCCCCUUGGGGAGCGGCUGCCGGCGGACGCCGAGGGGCAGCGGAAGUUUCUGACGGAGCAGUGCAUAGCUUCCUUCCGCCUCUGCCUGAGCCGCUUCCCCCAGCACUACAAGAGUCUGUACCGCCUGGCCUUCCUCUACGCGCACAGCAAGACCCAUAAGAACCUCCAGUGGGCCCGAGAUGUGUUGCUAGGCAGCAGUAUCCCAUGGCAGCAGCUGCCGCACAUGCCUGCCCAGGGCCUCUUCUGCGAGAGGAACAAGACGAAUUUCUUCAAUGGAAUCUGGCGCAUCCCCGUGGAUGAGAUUGACCGUCCGGGCAGCUUCGCGUCACACAUGAACCGCUCCAUCGUCCUGCUGCUCCAGGUGCUGUCCCAGCUAAAGGACUACGGUACGCUGCUGAGAGUGUCCUCGAUGCUGCAGAGGACGCCUGACCAGGGGAAGAAGUACUUGCGGGAUGCUGACCGCCAGGUCCUGGCCCAGCGAGCCUUUGUGCUCACCGUGAAGGUGCUGGAGGAGACACUGAGUGAGCUGACAGAGGGGUUGGAAGGCCACAAGAUGACGACAGACGUCUCCAACAAGCCAAGUGCCGAGGAUGGUAACGAGGUCCUUCCCAAGAAGCCAGCUCUGUCUGACGGCGGGGCUGGGGGCAAGGGGCCAACCCCCAGCUACAGCUCACCGGCCGUGGACACAAGCGAGCCCAGCACUCCCAAGGAACGUCAGCAGGCAAACUCCACAGAGCCCAUGGAACUGGGGCCAGAAAGGGCUGAUGCGGCCCUCCGGCGCCCUGAGGCAGAGAGGCCUCCACCUGCUCGCAUCCCCAAGGACCGAGGGCCGGACGGCCGCCCCACCGAGCUAUCCCUCGAGGACCUAAGCAUCAGCUCUCGGCAGCAGCAGCUGCUGCCGCAGCCACCACCACAGCCACCGCCGCCACCACCACCCAAGGGCUCAGGCCAGUCUGCUCUCGAUGAGGCGGGGCAAAGGCCCAGCCGCAAGCGGAAGUUACUGGAUGACCCUGAGUCUGGGAAGAGCCUUCUCCUGGACGCUUACCGAGUGUGGCAACAUGGCCAGAAGGUCAUGGCCUAUGACUUGGGAAGGAUUGAGAAGAUUAUGUCUGAGACCUACAUGCUGAUCAAGCAGGUGGAUGAGGGGGCCGCCCUGGAGCAGGCAGUCAAGUUCUGCCAAGUACACCUCGGGACAUCAGCCCAGCGACAGGCCACAGGGGACACCCCCACCACGCCCAAGCCCCCUAAGGACAGCAGGGAGAGCUUCUUCUGGGCCAACCCAACGGCCUCCCCGGCCCUCCAGCCUGCACCCUCAAACUCUGAGCCGGCCCCCUCGGACACCCCUCCCAAGGCCAAGCCGACUUCUGCCUCCAGGGAUCCUGAGGCCCCUCCAAGCAUGGCCUGUCUGGCUCCAGGGGAGGAGCCGGCAGCCAGUGGUCGGAGAGGCACCUCGGGACCUCAGCAGCAGGAGAGCCACCUGGGGCUUCAGGUGGACCUGGCCUCAGCUGCCACGCAUGACCCUGAGCUCGGGCAUGCCGAGUCUAUGACCAGUGCUAUCCCUGGACGGGCCUGUGGCCAGGCCUCCAGCUCCAAGCCUUCGGGGAGCCUGGCCCCCCGGGCAGAGCCCCCCCGGGGCAAAGGCCGCCUCCUGCCCACCAUGCCCAAGCUCGUCAUCCCCUCGUCCAUCUCCAAGUUCCCCCCAGAGAUCACCGUCACCCCCCCGACCCCCACCCUCCUCUCCCCCAAGGGCAGCAUCUCAGAGGAGACCAAGCAGAAGCUGAAGUCGGCCAUCCUGAGUGCCCAGUCUGCGGCCACGGUGAAGAAGGAGAGUCUGCACCAGCCGGCCCUGGAGAUCCUGGAGCUGUCCAGCCAGGAGUCCAGUCUGGAGAGCGAGAGUGACGACGAUGACGACUACAUGGACAUCUGAGGGGCGUGGCCGUGGGCCGGCCCCGCCCCCGGACGCUGUUCCCCAGGAGGCCUCAAGGGGGCGUUUGCUUCACGCUCAUGCCAAGGCGGAUCCUGCAGCUAUUUCUCCGAGGAGGAGCCUGGGUCCCCAGGGGCCUCUUUUUCUACCAAGCGUUAGUUUUGUAAGACAGCGGAUGCAGUCGCCGGGGCCGCAUGGGCCCGGGCAUCCUGGCACUGCCAGCCCAGAGCCGGGCCGCUUUUCUUUUCUAAUAAAGUGGAAA